AUGCUGGGAUGUGUAAUCCCUCCAUACCUGAGCGGGAGGCGCCAGCGCAUGUCCCUCGCAGGAGAGUGCUGGGACCGGAAAGCCCCUGGGAAGCUGCAGGAGGGCGCUCAGAGCCCCGUGUCCGUGGCGGCUGGUUGGCUGCAGUCUGGCCUUCCGUGGAGCCUCCCUGGGGCAGCCCCAGAACCAGUUCUCGGUUUCCUGCGUUCUGCCAGAAAUGGACCAGUGCCUCUGAGCAUGGGCCAGGUUUCUCCCCAGAGGCUAACAGGCUGCCACCACGCUUUGCAUCUUGGGAAUGACACUUCUUGGUUGCCUGCGGAGGCACCCCCUCGGGGACUUCUGUCCCAUCUUGCCAGCCCCCCCCCCCCCCCUGAAGGCCCCAUCCUGAGGUCUGAGCUGGAGGGAAGGCAAAAGGUUGGCAUGGAGUUAGGGGGUCGGAACGCAGCACCCACGGGCAGAUUCUGUGCUGAGCAGAAGAGUUGCCGGCUUCUAAUUGCUGCCCGAUCGCCCCUUUCGCCCCCUGCAAGGCGCCAGAGGUGGCCUCAUCCGCACCCCACAGAGGCUGACUCCCAGACGGGCCCUCUGCUGCCCAGUGGGGGGGAGGGGCGCGCACUUCGCGGGAGCAUCCUGCCUGCCCCCGAAGCAGCUGCUGCUGAACAGCGUUUGCGGGCCUUGACGUGGGGCAGCUGGUGGCCGGGCGGGCGGGCUCUACCUGCCGGGUCAGGGGUCGGCGAGCGGGCCUGUGGUGCCCAGGCAGGGUCUUGGCGAAAAGGGAGGGGCCGUCGGGGGCUGGCUUCGGUUCCGGAAAUGCCCCCUGCUGCACACCUCUGGGGCCUCCUCCAGCCCCUGAAGAGCCCUGGCAAACAGGCAGACUGUGCAUCGCCCCUGAAGGCCUCCCCCCCUUUAGGGUGCCCCUGCCAGAGCUGGGGCUGGGAUGGGAAAGGCCCGGGCUCCGGUCAACAGCAGAUGGGCCAUCCCACGCGGCUGCCAGCGGAGGGCUGCCUGGUGACCGUAGUUGGCGCUCAGGGCCCCAGAGAAGGAGGGCAGGGGCUUCAAGAUGGCAGCCAGCCCCUGGAACUGCUGAGCUGCUCAGAGGGGUCUGAGCGCAGCAUCAUGGAGGGGCCCUGUGUGGCCGAGGGGGGCUCUCCAGGGCGCUCCCUCAGCAAGUCCCAGCCAGGCCACCGCAGCUACAAUCUGAUCGGCAGCAUGACUGGCGUGGAGCAGGCCCGCUACCAGAAAGUGCCCACCGACGAGUCCGAGGCUCAGACACUGGCCUCGGCUGACCUGGACUACAUGAAGAGCCACCGGUUCGAGGACGUCCCCGGAGUGCGGAGGCACCUCUUUCGGAAAAGUGCCAAGGGACAGGUGGUGCACCUGGGCAAGGACCACAAAGAGCCCAGCGCACGGCAGCGCAAGCACGACCGGCAGCCCCACGAGGUGUUUGUGGAGCUGAACGAGCUGGUUCUGGACAAGAACCAGGAGAUGCAGUGGAAGGAGACGGCGCGCUGGAUCAAGUUUGAGGAGGAUGUGGAGGAGGAAACGGACCGCUGGGGCAAGCCACACGUGGCCUCGCUCUCCUUCCGCAGCUUGCUUGAGCUGCGCAGAACCCUGUCGCACGGAGCCGUCCUUCUCGACCUGGACCAGAAGACGCUGCCGGGGGUGGCGCACCAGGUGGUGGAGCAGAUGAUCAUUUCCGACCAGAUCCGUGCUGAGGAUCGUGCCAACGUGCUGCGAGCCCUGCUCCUCAAGCACAGCCACCCUUCGGACGAGAAGGACUUCUCCUUCCCCCGCAACAUUUCAGCUGCUUCCCUCGGCUCGCUUCUGGGCCAUCAUCACAGCGCCAACCAUGUGGGGGAGGGGCCUGAGCCGGCCGUCACUGACCCCCUCAUCGGAGGCCACUCCGGGGAGCACGAGACCCGGGUGGACAUCGACAGGGAGAGGGAGGCCUUGUCCCCCACCCUCCCCGGCAGCAUCACCAGGUCCAAGUCGAAGCACGAGCUGAAGUUACUGGAGAAGAUCCCAGAAAAUGCUGAGGCCACCGUGGUGCUUGUGGGCUGCGUGGAGUUCCUGGACCAGCCCACGAUGGCCUUUGUGCGGCUGCAGGAGGCCGUGCAGUUGGACGCUGUGCUGGAGGUGCCCAUCCCGGUGCGGUUCCUCUUCGUGCUGCUGGGCCCGAGCAGCACCAACAUGGACUACCAUGAGAUCGGCCGCUCCAUCUCCACCCUCAUGUCUGACAAGCAAUUCCACGAGGCUGCUUAUCUGGCGGAUGACCGGCACGACCUGCUCAACGCCAUCAACGAGUUCCUGGACUGCAGCGUGGUCCUGCCGCCCUCUGAGGUGCAGGGCGAGGAGCUCCUCCGGAGCGUGGCCCACUUCCAGCGCGAAAUGCUGCGGCGGAGGGAAGAGCAGGAGCGGCGCCUCCUCCUUGGGCUGGCUGCGGAGCCCAAGUCGCCAGAGGAGAAAGCGCUGCUGAAGCUGAAGAUUGUGGAGGAGGAGGAAGACGACGAUCCCCUACGACGCACCGGGCGCCUCUUUGGGGGCCUCAUCCGGGACGUCCGGCGCCGCUACCCCAAGUACCUGAGCGACUUCCGGGAUGCGCUGAACCCGCAGUGCGUGGCUGCUGUGAUCUUCAUCUACUUUGCCGCGCUCUCUCCGGCCAUCACCUUUGGAGGGCUGCUGGGCGAGAAGACUCAGGGGCUGAUCGGGGUCUCAGAGCUGAUCAUCUCCACCUCCGUGCAGGGAAUCGUCUUCUGCCUGCUGGGGGCUCAGCCCCUCCUCAUCAUCGGCUUCUCGGGGCCCCUGCUGGUCUUUGAGGAGGCCUUUUUCACAUUCUGCAGAUCGCAGGACCUGGACUACCUGGUGGGCCGCGUCUGGAUCGGCUUCUGGCUGAUCCUCAUUGUGCUGGUGAUGGUGGCCUCCGAAGGCAGCUUCCUGGUGCGCUUCGUCUCCCGCUUCACCCAAGAGAUCUUCGCCUUCCUCAUCUCCCUCAUCUUCAUCUACGAGACCUUUUCGAAGUUGGUCAAGAUCUUCCAGGAGCACCCCCUCCACGGCUGCAUCAAGGCCAACGGCACCGAGGCGGGCCAGGAGGAGGACAGCCCAGUGGUCGUGGCGAACACGACGGCCAGCCGAGCCGCUUCCCAAGUGAGGGGGCAGCCCAACACGGCCCUGCUGUCCCUCGUCCUCAUGGCCGGCACCUUCUUCAUCGCUUUCUUCCUGCGCAAGUUCAAGAACAGCCGCUUCUUCCCGGGACGGGUUCGCCGGGUGAUUGGCGACUUUGGGGUCCCGAUUGCCAUCCUCAUCAUGGUCUUGGUGGACUACAGCAUCCAGGACACGUACACACAGAAGCUUUCGGUGCCCCGAGGCUUCUCCGUCACGGACCCUGAACAGCGGAGCUGGGUCAUCAACCCCCUCGGGGGGAAGGAUCCCUUUCCCGUCUGGAUGAUGGUGGCCAGCGCCCUCCCCGCAGUCCUGGUCUUCAUCCUCAUCUUCAUGGAGACCCAGAUCACCACGCUGAUCAUCAGCAAGAAGGAGCGCAAGCUGCGGAAGGGCUCUGGCUUCCACCUGGACCUCCUGCUCAUUGUAGCGCUGGGGGGCUUCUGUGCUCUCUUUGGGCUGCCCUGGCUGGCAGCGGCCACGGUGCGCUCCGUCACUCACGCCAACGCCCUCACCGUCAUGAGCAAGUCCGUGGCCCCCGGAGACAAGCCCAAGAUCCAGGAGGUGAAAGAGCAGCGCGUCACAGGCCUGCUGGUGGCCAUUCUCGUGGGCUUAUCCAUUGUGAUCGGGGACCUCCUGCGCAAGAUCCCCCUGGCAGUGCUCUUUGGGAUCUUCCUCUACAUGGGAGUCACCUCCCUGAACGGGAUCCAGUUCUACGAACGCCUCCACUUGCUGCUCAUGCCUCCCAAGCACCACCCGGACGUGACCUAUGUCAAAAAGGUGCGGACGCUGCGCAUGCACCUCUUCACGGGCUUGCAGCUGGCAUGCCUGGCUGUGCUGUGGGCCGUCAUGUCCACGGUGGCCUCCUUGGCCUUCCCCUUCAUCCUCAUCCUCACGGUGCCCCUUCGCAUGUGCCUGCUCAGUCGCAUCUUCACGGAACGAGAGAUGAAAUGUCUGGAUGCAAAUGAGGCAGAGCCUAUCCUGGACGAAAGAGAAGGUGUGGACGAAUACAACGAGAUGCCCAUGCCCGUGUGAGGAGGAGGAGGAGGAGCUCCUUCUGUGCCUUCACUCUCUCAGCCUGGGGGAAACAGGCCCUGGCCAAAGCUGCACCCACGGACCGUUGCCACUGAACAGCCGGGCGGCUGGGGGCUACCCUUCUGCUUCCACGCACCAGCCGUGUGGGCCAGGGAGGGCCACGCCUGCCUCUUCCAAGAGGACAAUCAGUACUCCCUGCACACCAUGAUCUUAUUUAAGAGACUAAUUUAAAACUUCAACAAGCAGCACUGUCAUGAGCGGGGGGGGGGGGGGGGGGGGCGGCGGGGGGCGGGGGUUGCCUUUGCAAGUCCCAGGGCAGACCUUGAACAGCCCAGGAGCCGGGCCUUGCGAAUAAAACCAAUGAGGCUGGUGUGAGUUUC